AUGUCAUACUCCGCCGCUUGUUGCUCGAUACCUCCCGUCAUCUCGAAGGGCUACAGCGAGAAGGGAACCUACGAGAACAUCGGAGGACUCAAAACAUACGUGACGGGACCUCCCUCGGCGAGAAACGCAAUCGUCGUAUUGUACGACAUCUUCGGGUUUCAGUCCCAGGUACUGCAGGGUGCCGACAUCCUGGCCCUCAGCGACAAGAACAACCCCUACCGCGUCUUCAUGCCCGACUUCUUCGAGGGCAAAGCCGCUGAUAUCUCGUGGUACCCGCCGACGACAGAGAAGCACCGUGAUGCCUUGGGCAACUUCUUCAGCAACACGGGGAAUCCGGCCAAAGCCGCCGGUCGGCUUCCUGGAAUCGUUGAAGCUGUCAAAAAGAGCAACAGCUCCAUUGAAAAUGUUUUUGCUCUGGGCAUGUGCUGGGGUGCUAAGCCGGUAACAUUGUGCAGCGGUGAAAACACAGGUUUCAAAGCUAUUGUUCUCGCACACCCUGCCAUGCUGGACCCUGAGGAUGCUACGAAAGUGGCGGUGCCUACGUGUGUCCUCGCUUCGCAAGACGAAGACGCAGCAACGGUGUCUGCUUUCCAAGCCAACCUGCGCGUCCCAAACCACGUCCACUCUUUCAACGACCAGGUCCACGGCUGGAUGGCCGCCCGCGGAGAUCUUGAGGAUCCUAACGUUAGGGAGAAGUACCGCCACGGCUAUCAGAUGUUACUGGAUUUCUUUAGCCGUCACCUAACGAGCCAAGUGGGAAACGCGGAGCCUACGUAUCUCGUGGCGUUGUGGUCCCUGAAAUCUCCAAAAGCGGGUGCCGACAUUGUCGAGUUUGUGAAAACCAUUCCGGCAAAGGCGAAGAAGGAUGGCGAAAGCUACAUUCUUGAGGCCCAUGCGGGGGCGACCAAGCCUCCGUUCCCAGUCCGCCCUCAUCGAGGGCAUGGAUUUAACGUUACCAUGUUCUUGAAAUUCAAGUCACCGGGCGACGUGUUUUAUUGGAGUUCGAAAGACCCUCUUCAUCAUGAGUUGAUUGCUUUUGCAAAAGAUCAAACAUACAAAGACCCGGUCCUUACGGUAUUCACAGACAGCGAUACCGGCAUCCGUCCUCCAUCAGAUGUCGGCGCUUCGGAGUGGCAGGGACCCUGGAUUUCGUAG